UUCUCAAUAUUACCAACACUGCCACGUAAAAAAAACAUAAAGAAACUCAAGAUAUUUUCGUUUCGCUUUGCUUUCUUUUUCUUGUAAAUUUUUCAUAAAUUCGGUUUAUAUUUUAGCGUGCACAAAAAAGGAACUCAUAUUAGUUUUACUAUAAGUUAGGACACUACAUCAUCAGCAACCAUGGCUGAUUUCAUGGACUCUGAGGCUGAGGAGAGUGGGCUGGACUCAGAGGAGGAAGAUCAGCCAGCAGAACGUAAAAAGCCUAAGCGUAAAGCCGCCGUGCAGAGUGAUGACGAGGAAGAGGAUGAAGAAGACGAUGAAGACCGUUUGAGAGAAGAGCUAAAGGAUCUCAUAGAUGAUGCACCUAUAGAGGAGUCGGGCAGUGAUGGUGAAGACUCUGAUGGCAGUGUCGGGCCAAAGAAGCGGAAAAAGAGUGAUGACGAACUGGAUGACCGAUUGGAAGAUGAAGAUUAUGACCUCAUUGAGGAGAAUCUUGGUGUUAAAGUUGCUAGGAACAAAUUCAAGCGUCUGCGCCGGCUGGAGGAUGAUGACAGUGACAAUGACGCAGCAGACGACCCGGACCUCGAGAGAGAGGUCAUUGCGGAGAAGCUGUUUGUCGCUGGCUCUGAUGAUGAAGAUGAGAAUCGCUCAGAACAACCAGCACCGAGAGAGGUGGAAUAUGAUGAUGAUAAUGAGGAGCUGGAGUCGGACGCUGAUGACUUCAUUGUUGAUGAUGAUGGCAGACCCAUCGCGGAGCGCAAGAAGAAACGCAAGCCCAUUUUCACUGAUGCUUCCCUACAAGAAGGUCAAGAUAUAUUUGGUGUGGACUUUGAUUACGAUGAAUUUGAGAAGUAUGGCGACGAGGAUUACGAUGAUGAAGAUGAAGAAGACCUGGACGAGUACCUCAGCGACGACGACGAGGGAGAACCCCGGAAGAGAACCAAGAAAGGCAAACCCAAGAGACCGAGCAAGAAAUCCAUCUUUGAAAUCUAUGAACCCAGUGAACUGAAACGGAGCCAUUUCACUGACUUGGAUAAUGAGAUCCGUAAGACAGACGUCCCGGAGCGCAUGCAGAUUCGCUCCGUGCCCAUCACAGCGGUCCCGGAGGGCAGCAGCGAGCUAGAGGACGAGGCCGACUGGAUCUACAAGCAGGCCUUCCUCAAGCCGCCCGUCUCCAAGCCCGACUCGCAGGAGGCUAGGGAGCGGUCUAAGAGAGGCUCAAGCACGGUGACGAAGAUCCGCCAGGCGCUGGACUUCAUGCGCAACCAGACGCUGGAGGUGCCGUUCAUCGCGUUCUACCGCAAGGAGUACGUGCAGCCCGAGCUCAGCAUCAACGACCUGUGGAAGGUCUACAAGUAUGACGCUAAGUGGUGCCAACUGAAGCAGCGCAAGGAAAACCUCCUCAAGCUGCUGACCAACAUGCGCGACUACCAGCUCGACCAGGUCAUGCAGAACCCCGACGCGCCGCUCCCAGACAACCUGAGGCUCAUCAAGGACGAAGACAUUGAUAGACUAAAGCACGUCCAGACGCCGGAAGAAUUACGCGACGUGCACACCCACUUCCUGCUGUACUACUCGCACCAGCUGCCCGACAUGCACAAGCUGCAGAGAGAGAAGGAGAAGAAGAAGAAGCUCGAGGAACGCAAGAACGCAGCGCGUCUAGAAGCUGAGCGCAACGGCGAAGACAUGGAGGAGGCGGCGGCGGCGGUGGAGGCGGCCGAGCCAGUGGAUGAGGAACCGGCCACGGAGGUGAAGUACGCCGUGAGGUCCGGCCCGUACGAGCUGUGCAGGAAGACUGGCAUCGAGCCGCUGGUGCGCAAGUUCGGGCUCACCCCGGAGCAGUUCGCGGAGAACGUGCGCGACAACUACCAGCGGCACGAGGUCGAGCAGGAGGCCGUGCCGCCGCUCGAGGCCGCCGCGCCCUUUGCUGGCGCCACGGGCUCGGCGCGCGAGGUGCUUCGCCGCGCAACCUACAUGUGCGGCGUGCAGCUGGCGCGCGACCCCAUGUUGCGCGGCGUGUUACGCGACGCGUUGCGCGACCGGGCAACGAUCACGGUACGCGCUACGGCGCGCGGGUUGAAAGAGAUCGAUGAGAAUCAUCCGUGUUACAGCAUGAAAUACCUGAAGAAGAAGCCGGUGCGCGACCUCACAGGGGAUCAGUUCCUGAAGCUGCACAUGGCGGCUGAAGACAAGCUGCUGGAGGUGACCGUCAGCGAGGUCAUCGAGGGGAACACCUCGCCGAACUAUCUUGAUGAACUGAAGCAGCUGUAUCAGAAGGAUGAAUUCGCAGCGACAGUGGAAGCGUGGAACGAGCUGCGUUCAGAGGCCGUCACUAUCGCUCUCACCAAGAUAGUGAUGCCGGAGCUAAGGCGAGAACUAAACGCCGUCUUGCUACAGGAAUCUAAGGAAUAUGUGCUCAAAUGUUGUCGCCGCAAACUGUACGACUGGUUGAAGGUGGCUCCGUACGAGUCCAGAAUCGACGAUGAUGAAGAAUGGGACGCUUCCAAUGGACUGCGAGUGCUAUCAAUAGCCUAUGUCCCGGACCGCCAGCACUCGGCCUUCGCCUGCCUCAUAGCGGCGGGGGGCGAGGUGGUGGACCACCUGAGACUGCCGCACCUGCUGUACCGACGCAACUCUAGCGAUCACAUGGAGAGGAUAAACAAGGAGGCCGACAUGACUGCUCUGAGAAGAUUCAUCCUCCGCAAGAAGCCGCACGUGAUAGUGAUCGGCGGCGAGUCGCGCGCGGCGCUGCUCGUGAAGGCGGACGCGGCGGACUGCGUGCAGCGCCUGAUCGAGGACGAACAGUUCCCGCCCAUCCCGAUAGAGAUAGCCGACAACCACGUCAGCAGCAUGUACAGCAACAGCCAUCGGGGACGGGUGGACUUCAGAGAGUACCCAGACAUACUGCGUCAAGCGAUCUGUCAGGGGCGCCUCUUGCAAGACCCCCUCAUGGAGAUCUCCCAACUGUGUGGCCCUGACGAAGAGAUACUGUGUCUGCGAUACCACCCCUUACAAGACCAGAUAGCCAAAGAGGACCUUUUAGAAGGAAUCGAGCUGGAAUUCAUCAACAGAGUCAACGAAGUGGGAGUUGAUGUCAACGAAGCAGUAUUGACUGGUCGAGGCACGGAGUUACUGCAGUUCGUAUGCGGUCUCGGCCCGAGAAAGGCACAAGCGCUGAUAAAACUGUUCAAGCAGACCAAUCAGAAGCUAGAGAACCGAACGCAGCUGGUCACAGUCUGCCACAUGGGGCCGAAAGUGUUCAUCAAUUGUUCAGGGUUCAUAAAGAUAGACACGAAUAGUUUAGGUGACAGUACGGAAGCUUACAUUGAGGUUCUGGAUGGGUCCCGAGUGCAUCCGGAGACGUACGAAUGGGCCCGCAAGAUGGCGGUGGACGCGCUGGAAUACGAAGACGAAGACGCCAACCCAGCCGGAGCACUAGAGGAGAUCCUAGAAGCACCAGAAAGACUGAAAGACCUGGAUCUCGACGCGUUCGCUGAAGAAUUAGAGCGGCAAGGCUUCGGCAACAAGAGCAUAACAUUGUACGACAUCCGUGCGGAGUUGAACUCUAGGUAUAAAGACUUGAGAGUCCCAUAUCGGUCGCCGACGCCCGAGGAACUAUUCGACAUGUUGACUAAGGAGACGCCUGAUACAUUAUACGUUGGCAAGAUGGUUCUGGCGACGGUGAUCGGGAUCUCUCACAGGAAGCCGCAGAGGGAGAUGCUGGACCAGGCUAACCCCGUGAGGAAUGAUGAGACUGGCCUGUGGGAGUGCCCCUUCUGUCAUAAGAAUGACUUUCCGGAGCUGUCUGAGGUAUGGCAACACUUCGACCAAGGCGCCUGCCCGGGGCAAUCAACAGGCGUGCGUGUCCGCUUAGACAACGACCUCAACGGACACAUCCACAUCAAGAACUUAUCCGACCGCCACGUGACCGACCCCACGCAGCGAGUGCGAGUGGGACAGACGAUCCACUGUCGCGUCUUGAAGAUUGAUGUUGAACGGUUCUCGGUGGACUGCUCGAGUAAAACGUCGGAUCUGUUAGACACGAAUAAGGAGUUUAGGCCGUCCAAAGACCCGUACUACGACCAAGAGGCAGAAGACAAGGACUUACGCAAAGACAAGGAACAGAAGCAAGUGAAGGAGCGAGCUCAGUACGUGAAGCGAGUGAUCGUGCACCCCGCCUUCCAUAACAUAUCGUUUGCGGAGGCGGAGAAGUUAAUGGAUAAUAUGGCGCAAGGAGAGGUCAUUGUGCGCCCGAGUAGCAAGGGCUCGGACCACCUGACGGUGACGUGGAAGGUGGCGGAGGGCAUCUACCAGCACAUCGACGUGCGGGAGGAGGGCAAGGAAAACGCAUUCUCAUUAGGUAAAAGUCUCUGGAUCGGAGGGUCGGAGUUCGAGGACCUGGACGAGAUCAUCGCGCGCCACGUGACGCCCAUGGCGGGGCUGGCGCGCGACCUCGUGUCCUUCAAGUACUACAAGCCGCUCGGGGGCAUCCGCGACAAGGCAGAAGAGAUACUCAAAGAGGAUAAGGCGAAGAACCCCAAUAAGAUACAUUAUAUCAUAUCUGCGGCGAAGAAUUAUCCAGGGCGUUUUCUACUGUCGUAUCUGCCGAGCUCCCGCUGCCGCCACGAGUACGUGUCGGUGACGCCGGACGGCUACAAGUUCCGGCAGCGCAUGUUCGACUCGCUCGGCGCGCUGCUCAAGUGGUUCAAGGAGCACUUCCGCGAGCCGCCGCCCAGCAACACGCCGCAGCAGCGCACGCCGGCGCGCACGCCGCACGGCGCCGCCUCCGCCAUGUACCACACGCCCGCCUUCCACACGCCCGCGCACACGCCCGGCCCCGCCUACGUCAACACGCCCUACACGCCCUCCGCGCAGACGCCCUACAUGACGCCGUUUGCUGCCACGCCGCGCCAGCCAGACUUCUUAACCCCAGCCGUGCCGCGCCACAAGCCCACGCCCGCCGCGCAGCUGCCGGUCUACUCCGAGCCGUCCGACUGGCAGAAGGCGGCCGAGGACUGGGUGCGGCACCGCGGAGUGGGCCACCCGCGCGACUCGCCCGCCACCCCGCGCGCCUCCCAGCGCACGCCGCGCUCCACGCCGCGCCACGACCACCGCACGCCGCGCGCCUCGCCCCGCGCCUCCCCGCGCCCGCCCCGCGCGCCCUCCGCCCGCUCCACGCCCCACACCCCGCACACCAACACCUCCCCGCGCUCCAUGUCCAUGGGCGACUCCACGCCGCUCUACGAUGAGAAUUAGACUGAACACGAGAGUUGUAUUUUUAUUUUUGUAUCCGGCUGCGAUGGCUGGCGCGAUCAGACAUCGAUAGGUAAUUCAAUCUCUAGGUUACGCUAAGUUAAGUGAAAGGUUUCAAUGGUAACGUGGUAAGCUUAUAAGCUUUUAAGGUAUUCAUUCAGUGACCCAAAUGCUUAUGUACACCGACAAUUCCGAUUAGAUAGUAUAAUAUGACUAAAACUGAAUUCUGUAGUCUGGAAUGACUAUUUCAAGAUUAUGUAUGUGCUAGUUUAUAUAUUUAUUCAUUAGUUUUGUUGGUACAUGUACACAGUAUAGGUAUAUGUAUACCCUGUUACACAGAUAUGCUUACCAAUCAGUUGGUAUUGUAAUAUGUACAUUCUUUUAUUUGUGAAUUGUUAUGAGAUAUCCGUUGCCUUUGAUAAUGGUUAGUGAUAUUAGCAAAGAUGUCUAAAUUACUAUAUAAUUAUCAAUUACUCACAACCAUUCACUCAAAUGUAUUCUAAUCUAAUAAAAUUAUGACAAA